AGGGUGGAAAACAGGAAUGGGGUAUUGACUGUGGAUCAAGAAGAGAAAUCAAGGAGAUAUUUAACAUACAGCCUUUACCUUCUAUACUCUCUCUAUGCCUCUGGAUAAACAGAAAUUAGAGAUGUGGGUAAGAAAGUAAGAAAGUCCACCAUAACUUUUUGAAAAUAAUUAAGAUAAACAUCAUACAAAAGCUUACCUCUUUAUUAAUAUAACUUUAUUAUCUUUAGAUGAAAAAUUAUUAGUUAUAACAGUUUUUCAUACUAUAGGUAUUGGUAUGUUAUAUUUACAACAGAGGUACAGUUAAACGUUUUUUAAAAUUACAUUUAAAAAUUAUUUUGUGUACGUGUGUGGAUGUGCACAUGUGUGGAAGUCAGAGGACAAUCUGCAGGAGUGGGCUUACUUCUUCCACUAUGUGGAUUCAGGGACUGAAUUUGGGUCGUCUGGCUUAGAGGCAAGCGUCUUUACCUGUCAGCCAUCUCACCAGCCCAGUUAAACGUUUUAAAUAAACACCUUAAAACUAAAGGGGCUGGAGCGAUGGCUCAGUGGUUAAGAGCACUGACUGCUCUUCCAAAGGUCCUGAGUUCAAAUCCCAGCUACCACAUGAUGGCUCACGACCAUCUGUAAUGGGAUCUGAUGCCCUCUUCUGAUGUGUCUGAGGAUAGUGACAGUGGACUCACAUAAAUAAAUAUAUAUGUUAUAUGCAAAUAAAUUAAUGCUGAGUGGUUGAGGUACAGAUUUAGGAUUUACUUAUGUAGAUAGAGGCUGAACAUGAAGUCAUGAAGUCACUCACUUGUUAAGAAGAGAGUAUAGAGCUAGAAGAAGGCCAGAGAAGAUACUGAGGAUAGAAAGAGGAAUGAAAAUUACUCAUGGCAAAAAACCAAAACACAAUAAACAAAACAAAAACCAGGGUAAUAGUGCAAUCAGGGCAAGGAUAGAAUCUCAGGAGUGUAGAGACCAAGAGCAUGCUUAAGGGACAAAGGUUCAGACACGCCACAGCGAGGUUAUGUGUUAGGCAUAAGGAUACACAAUGAAUCAAAGGACACUGAAGUAGUUAAUGCUUGUUUUCUCUAUAAUUGUUGUGCUGCUGUUUUUUAAGACAAAGUUUUGCUGUGUAGCUCUGGCUGUCCUGGAAUUUGAUCUGUAGACCAGGAUGGGCUUGAACUCAUAGAGAUCUGCCUACCUCUGCUUCCUGAGUGCUGGUAUUAAAGGUGUUCGCCACCACCACUAGGCUAUAAUUGCUUUUUUAGAGUGUGUGUGUGACUGUCCAUGGAGAACAGAAGAUUUUGAUCCCUUGGAGCUGGAAUUACAGGGAUUUGUGAGUUCUGGGAUCUGAAUUCUAGUCUUCUAAGGUAGCAGUAAGUGCUCUUAACCAUGGAGCAGUCUUUCCAGCCCUGUUCUUUGUAACUCUGUCAAUGAACUGACUCUACCUGCCACCUCUCCAUUUCUUUUGCUUCUUGUUUAAAAUGUAUAUGCCAGAUCCUGCUUCUGCUGUCCUUCCUUCCUUCCUUCCUUCCUUCCUUCCUUCCUUCCUUCUGACAGGGUCUCUCUCUCUCAGCUCUUGCUGUCUUAGAAUUUGAUAUGUGGACCAGACUGGCCUCCAUCUCACUAUGUUUCUUUAAUGACUUCUUGUGUUCUACACUGUGUCACGGUGAUCUUCAGCAGUUGUUCCUGUAGUUUGUUUUCAGAUUCAUGAGAGACUCUGGUUUGUGUAGUCAUCUUUUGCAUUAGGUAGCAGUUGCUGGACAGCCUGAGAAAUGACUCAGAAGUCUGUGGUCUGAGAAAGGAAGUGGAAGCCACCUGGCAUGGGCAGGCCUGACCCUGUAGCAUAAACUGUGGGGACGGCAGUUAUCGUAAACUAACACAUUUGGUAGAUGUUGAACAUAAAUCGUAAUUUAAAAAGUCAACUCUACAAAGAAUGACAUAGAAUUGUUUAUUUUGUAUAUAAACAUUGGCUUUGAGUCUCCUUUCCUAUGGGCUGCAAAGAAACUCAAUUCAUACAUAUUCUUUGAGAAAUGGCCCCACAGAGAGUAUGAUCAUACAGACACGUGUGAGUGUCCAGGUGCAUACGUGUGUGUGCUCACACAGAGGCUAGGAGAAGGAUGUUGGAUGUCCUGCUUUCAUUACUUGUCUUGUCAAGGUGGUGUAGUACGCUGAAAUCCACCCCGCCUCACCACAACUCUCUCCUAAACACAUAUACAUGUGUACACACACAUGCAUAUCUUUCCCUCAAUGUAUAGAAAUGUUGGAAAAAUGCUAGUGAAAAAUUAAGUUUUUGUUUUUGAAUGGAGAAAUAAUAAAAGCAAUGGUUUCCCCUUCAAAAGAACCUCUCUUUCUUUGUAAUCAAAACUGUGAGGUGCGACCCACGAGUGCUGGCAAAUGCCUGUAACCGUAGCACUUGGAGGGAACAGGCAGGAAGCUUCUGAGUGUGAGGGGAGCCUGGGCAAUAAUUUGAGACCCUGUCCCAAACAAACAACUCAAGGAGAAUGAAAAAGACAGGAAAAACAAAAAGCAAAAUGCCAGACAACCCCUUUACGACUUUAAGAAGCUCCGGUACCAGCUUAGGAAAGACUACAAAAUACAGUAAAGGCCAAACAAAAUGUGUGAGGGACAAGGGAUGCAAACCUUGCAUAAAGACAGAGUGACACCAUUUUCCAAAGGAAGUGCUUCAUCCUACGAGGCAACAACAAACGACCAUGAGAACAGAAAAGUUGCCUUCCUAGAUCCCCAGUCACAAAGGUGCAAGGUGGAAGAAGGCAGAAUCCACCUGGUGGGGAGGUGGAGUGGAUGAGACACUGAUCCUAGUGGGGAGAGCUUAUGUGCACAUUGUUUCAAAAAAAAAAAUGUAGGGGUUGGAGAUUUAGCUCAGUGGUAAAGCGCUUGCCUAGCAAGCACAAGGCCCUGGGUUCGGUCCCCAGCUCCGAAAAAAAAAAAGAAAAACAAACAAACAAACAAAAAUAUGUAAACCUCAAUUACAGACCUGCCUCCUUGUUCGUGUAAGUCUUUUCUAAAUAGCCCACUGGGGAAGAACUCACCUCCCUCACUCAUAUCUGAAGAAACAAGGAAACUGGGGUGGAGGGAGGGCUCAGUGCACAAAAUCCUUGCCUAACUGGUGAGCUCCAGGACAAUGACAUGCUGUUCAAAGAAGGUGGACUGUAUUCCUGAGGAUGACACCUAAAGUUCUUCCAGCACCAGCACCCCCAUCCCUCCCAAUACACACAAAGGAAAAGUUAGUGGCAAUUAUAAAAUAAGAAAGGGAUAAAGUUUUUCAGAGCAAAGAAAGAGAGCCGCGUGGUCCUGGAGAGCAUGAAUAAGGGAAUGGGAGGACAGCAAGGCUCUCCAAUGCCCGCCCAUCUGCGCCCAGUGGGUGUUUCCGGAAAAGAAACUGAAAGCACAGCAUGGUGGCUCCUGUCCGGUUUAACCCCAGUCCGGAGGCUGGGGUUAACACAGUGGAAGGCCGGAGCUAGGGCAAGCGGGCCCUGGGUGCUUAUGAACAGCAGUUCCACGGCUGCUGCGACUGAAACAACUUUGGUGGCUCUUUAUCAGGUAUCUUCUAGGCCCCCCUCCAACUUUGAUCCAGGCAACUAUGUUGAAGUGAGUGAUCCGAGCACCCACUUACCCUCCAAAGUGGUGAUACAGGAUAUUACCACAGAGCUGCACUGCCCGCUGUGUAACGACUGGUUCCGAGACCCGCUGAUGCUCACCUGCGGCCACAACUUCUGUCAAGCCUGUAUUCAAAACUACUGGAAGAUGCAGGCGAAGGAGACGUUCUGCCCCGAGUGUAAGAUGCUGUGUCAGUACAGCAACUGCACGUUCAACCUGGUGCUGGAGAAGCUGGUGGAGAAGAUUAAGAGGCUACCCCUGCUCAAGGGCCAUCCCCAGUGCCCAGAGCACGGCGAGAACCUGAAACUGUUCAGUAAGCCAGACGGGAAAAUGAUCUGCUUUCAGUGCAAGGAUGCCCGGCUGUCCAUGGGCCAGUCUAAGGAUUUCCUGCAAAUCUCUGAAGCCGUCCGUUUCUUUACGGAGGAGCUUGCUAUCUAUCAGAGCCAACUUCAGACAACCCUGAAGGAGCUUCAGUCUCUCAGAACAAUGCAAAAAGAUGCUAUUGCUGCUUACAAGGACAACAAGAUACAACUGCAACAAAACCUUUCCUUGGAGUUUCUAAAGCUGCAUCAGUUUCUGCACAACAAAGAAAAGGACAUUCUCAAUGAUCUCCGGGAUGAGGGGAAAGUCUUGAAUGAGGAGAUGGAUGCGAAUCUGAACCAGAUUCAGGAGCAGUGUCUCCUUGCCAAAGACAUGCUGGCGAACAUUCAGGCACGGAUGGAACAGCAGAACUCCUUCGACUUCCUCACAGACAUCACAAAGCUCCUAGAGAACAUGGAGAAAGGAAUGAAGACACUUGUACCCAGACAGCUUAUCUCCAAAAAGCUGAGCCUAGGUCGCUUCAAAGGUCCUAUCCAGUAUACCAUCUGGAGGGAAAUGCAGUCCAUUCUCUCUCCAGGCCCAUCUCAACUAACUCUGGAUCCUAAAACAGCUCAUCCAAAUCUGGUGCUAUCCAAUAGCCGGACCAGUGUGUGCCACGGUGAUGUUAAACAGGUAAUGCCUGAUGACCCAGAGAGGUUUGAUUCAAGUGUGGCUGUGCUAGGCUCAAAAGGCUUCACCUCUGGGAAAUGGUACUGGGAAAUAGAAGUGGCAAAGAAGACAAAAUGGACGAUUGGAAUCGUCAGAGAGUCUAUCAUUCGGAAGGGGAGCUGCCCUCUGACUCCAGAGCAAGGAUUCUGGCUUCUAAGACUAAGGAACCAAACGGAUCUAAAGGCCCUGGAUCUGCCCUCAUGCAGUCUGAACCUAGGUGAUCUCAGAAGGGUGGGUGUGUACCUGGAUUAUGAGGGAGGGCAGGUGUCCUUCUACAAUGCUACGAACAUGACCCAUCUUUACACCUUCACUAGUGUUUUCCUGGAGAAACUUUUCCCCUACUUGUGCCCCUGCCUUAAUGACGGUGGGGAGAAUAAAGAGCCAUUGCACAUCGUACAUCCACAGUGAUUAAGUUAUACUAUUGUAUAAAUUCAGGGCGUUAUUAAAGUAUUGAAAUAGUU